CACCUCGUCAUGCAUUUGACCCCUCCGAUGGGAUAUGCCCACGUUCUCCCCGCAAUUCAACUGCCAAAGAAGAACUCGUUUGUAACCGGAAGCAACUGUGAUUAGUUAUAACUUAGCCUCUCCCCCCGCACCCCAUAUUUCAGUACAUGCCAUUAAAUCUUGUUUUCUUGUACUCUCUUUGAUUGUUCUGCCCGACUGUUUUUUAGAUUCCAUAUUAUACCCCUCAACAUGACAGUGGGACAACACCAGCCAGCGGCCGGAAGGCUACGGAUAUCCAUCGAUCGCGGUGGAACUUUCACCGAUGUCCACGCCUCGGUGCCUGGCCGCAGCGACAUUAUCUUGAAGCUGUUGUCCGUCGACCCUGGAAACUACCAAGAUGCCCCAACCGAAGGCAUCAGGCGAGUUCUCGAAAUCGCGACAGGCAGGACCCUGCCCCGCGGCGAGUUGCUCGACUUAACCCCAAUCGAGUCCCUGAGAAUGGGAACGACGGUUGCUACCAACGCAUUAUUAGAGAGAAAGGGUGCUCGCUCAGCACUCCUCAUCACACGCGGAUUCAAGGAUCUGCUGGUCAUUGGAAACCAAUCACGACCAAACAUCUUCGAUCUCUCAGUCUCAAAACCAGACGUGCUGUCUGAAAAGGUUGUUGAGAUUGACGAGCGCAUCACACUCGAGGGAUAUGCCGAGAACCAAAACCCCGAACCUAUUGAGGAGUCGGAAGAUGUUGUUCGAGGAAUUACUGGGGAGCAUGUGCGAAUUAUCACCAAGCCGGAUAUGGAGGCUGUAAAUGCACAGCUGCUCCAGUUGAAGGAAGAGGGAUACAGGUCGAUAUCGGUUGUCCUACUUCACUCAUAUACCUACCCCCAUCACGAAAAUUUGAUCGGGAACGCAGCUGUAAAGAUGGGCUUCUCAGUUGCCUUAUCAUCGGCCCUACAGCCUAUGAUCAAGGUUGUUCCCCGUGGAAUGAGCGCCACGGCAGAUGCAUACCUCACACCAGUUAUCAAAAACUACAUCGACUCGAUCUCUUCAAACUUCCAAGGCGGUCUUGCCUCGAAGACCACCCGAGUCGAGUUCAUGCAGUCGGAUGGUGGCCUUGUUGAUUUCCGCAAAUUUAGCGGACUGAAGGCGAUCUUGUCUGGUCCAGCUGGUGGUGUUGUUGGCUAUGCCCAAACUUCAUACGAUGCUGCCGAGAAGGUUCCUGUUAUUGGCUUCGAUAUGGGAGGAACUUCGACUGAUGUGUCGAGAUAUUCGGGCACAUACGACCACGUAUUUGAGACCACAACAGCUGGCGUGUCUAUUCAAUCGCCACAAUUAGAUAUCAACACCGUUGCAGCAGGCGGUGGAUCCAUGCUCUUCUGGAAGAACGGCCUGUUCGUUGUUGGCCCCGAGUCCGCAUCAGCCCACCCUGGGCCGGCAUGCUACAGAAAGGGCGGACCUCUUACAGUCACCGAUGCCAAUCUCUUCCUAGGCAGACUCCUACCCGAGUACUUCCCAAAAAUCUUCGGCCCCAACGAAAACGAGCCUCUUGAUGUGGCUAUCACGGGAGAAAAGUUUGCUGAACUUACUGCCGUUAUCAACGAGGAACAGAAGUCAAACGGACGCAUCGAAUUUACCCCUGAGGAGGUCGCUCUCGGUUUCUUGAAUGUUGCCGAUGAGUCUAUGUCGCGCCCUAUCCGAGCAUUGACUGAGGCUCGUGGCCACAACACUGCGGUUCACAACCUUGCUUGCUUUGGUGGUGCUGGUGGCCAGCAUGCAUGCUCUGUGGCUGCUGUUCUUGGUAUUUCCAGAAUCAUCAUUCACAAAUACUCUUCUAUCCUCUCUGCUUACGGAAUGGCAUUGGCGGAUGUGGUCAACGAGGUUCAACAGCCUGCUGCUGAUGUUUUCAACGACACAACUCAAGACAUGUUCCAGUCGAAGCUAGAGGCGCUUGUUAAGCAGUCCACAGAAGACCUAGAGUCUCAAGGAUUUGCAGGCAAGGAUAUCCACCAUGAGCUGUAUCUGAAUAUGCGUCAUGCUGGUACAAGCACCUCUUUCAUGAUCCUCAAGGGUGGGGAUUGGAACUUUGCUUCCGAGUUUGAGAAGAGGCAUCUGAUAGAAUUCGGCUUCUUGACAAAGGAUAAGGCUAUUCUUGUCGACGAUAUUCGUGUCAGGAGCACUGGUUCUUCAUCUCACGGGAAGGAGAAGAGCCCUUACAUGCAGAUGAAAGAAGUUGUGCCAAAGAAGGUUUCCGAACAGAAGAGCCAAGGAAUUUCCAAGGUUUACUUCGGUUCAUCCAAAGGAUCCGUCGACACUCCCAUCUACAAGCUUGAGGAUCUUGAGGUUGGCUCACAGAUUAAGGGCCCUGCAAUGAUUAUUGAUAAGACUCAAACCAUUGUCCUUGUUCCCGAAGCUGUGGCGAAUAUCCUCGAACGAUGCGUAUUGAUCGAUCUGAAGGAGAAGCCAAAUGUUGAUGUUACUUUCGAAUCUAUGGAUACGAGCAUCAACCCUAUCCAGCUGUCCAUUUUCGGCAACAGAUUCAUGUCGAUUGCUGAGCAGAUGGGACGAACUCUCCAAAAGACCUCCGUUUCCACCAACAUCAAGGAGCGUCUCGACUUUUCUUGCGCGUUAUUCUCUCCUGAUGGAGGCCUGGUCGCCAAUGCACCCCACGUUCCAGUGCAUCUUGGCUCCAUGCAAUUUGCCGUCCGAUACCAACACAAGUACUGGGCUGGAAAGCUCGUGGAAGGCGAUGUUCUCGUCUCAAACCACCCAACAUGUGGAGGAACUCAUUUGCCAGAUAUUACUGUCAUUACACCCGUAUUUGAGAAUGGCGAGAUUGUCUUUUACGUUGCAUCCAGAGGACACCACGCAGAUAUCGGUGGUUCCCUCCCUGGAUCGAUGCCUCCGACUAGCAACCAGCUGUGGCAGGAGGGUGCUGCCAUUGAGGCAGAGAAGCUCGUUAGCGGUGGUCAUUUCAACGAGGAGAGAAUGAUUGAGUUGCUCCUGAAGGAGCCCGCCAAGUUCGAAGGCUGCUCAGGAACUAGAUGCCUCCAAGACAACCUGUCUGACUUGCGCGCCCAGGUAGCAGCAAACCAGAGAGGAAUCUCGCUCAUCAAUGGCCUGAUCAAGGAGUACGGCUUGAAGUGCGUCCACAACUACAUGUACGCGAUCCAAAGCACGGCCGAAAUCGCUGUCCGCGAGCUCCUCAAAUCGACCUCAGAGAACCUCGGUUCUGUGUUGGAAGCAGUAGAUUGCAUGGAUGACGGAACUCCAAUCGCGUUGAAGGUCACCAUCGACGCCGCCAAGGGCGAGGCCAUCUUCGACUUCGCCGGAACUGGCAGUGAAGUAUUCGGCAACACCAAUGCCCCUACUGCGAUCACACACUCCGCAAUCAUCUACUGUCUACGUGCGCUCAUCAAAUCCGAUAUCCCGCUCAACCAGGGCUGCCUGAACCCGAUUGACAUCCGCAUCCCCGCCCACUCUCUCCUGUCGCCAUCGAAGACCGCUGGCGUUGUGGGUGGAAACGUGCUCACCUCCCAGCGUAUCACCGACGUCAUCCUGAAGGCUUUCCGCGCCUGCGCCGCCUCGCAGGGCUGCUGCAACAACCUGACCUUUGGCACAGGCGGCAAGGGAGAGGACGGAAACCACGUCGACGGCUUCGGUUACUACGAGACAAUUGCAGGUGGUGUUGGUGCCGGCCCUACUUGGGACGGACAGAGCGGUCUGCACACCCACAUGACGAACACGCGUAUCACGGACCCGGAGAUCUUCGAGAAGCGAUACCCAUGUAUCCUGCGCGAGUUCUCGCUGAGAGAGGGCUCUGGUGGCGUCGGUCUGCACCGCGGUGGCGAUGGCGUAGUUCGCGAUAUCGAGUUCCUGGUCCCGGUUCAGUGCUCUAUUCUGUCUGAGCGCCGCAGUCAUCGCCCGUACGGGUUGGAGGGCGGCGGGCCGGGUGCUCUGGGCAGGAAUGACUGGGUUAGGCAAGGCGAGGAUGGCGAGAGCAGAGUCAACCUUGGAGGAAAGGCAACGGUCAAGAUGGCCAAGGGUGAUAGGAUCGUGAUUAACACGCCAGGUGGUGGUGCUUGGGGGUCUGAGACUGCAGAGAAGGUCAAGACGAAUGGUGUUCAGAAGGAGGUAUUCGUCGCGAAGGGGUCGGUCGAUCGUUAUAAGACGAGACAGGAGACGAAUUAAAGCGUGCAAUUAUUUUAUUAUAAUAUAACUUAGAAAUAUAUCCCAUUUUGUAAAAUUUCCCAAAUAGGCUCUAAGGUCGUAG